UUGUCAACUCUGUUGGGUCACCGUGCAGCAGGAGCAGCACCAUGUCCCCUGCAGUCAUCAGCCUCACAUGUCUUGGGUUCUUCUUCAACCAGAGGAUCCGGGCACAAGUGGGUGGUCAGAAUAAGCCCUCCCUCUCUGCCUGGCCAAGCCCCGUAGUUCCUCAAGGGCAGCAUGUGACUCUUCAUUGUCGCUCCCAUCACAAGUUUGAAACAUUCAGACUGUACAAGGACAAUGACAUCUUCAUCUCCAAGCUCACCACAAUAUCGAAAAACAGUGUCCUCAUUGGCCCUGUAACCCCAGAACAUGCAGGGACUUACAGCUGUCGUGGAUCCUAUCGUGAUUCCCCCUCUGUGUGGUCAGCACCCAGUGACCCCCUGGUGAUUGUGGUCACAGGAAUCUACAGAAAAUCUUCCUUGUUAGCCCAGUCGGGUCCCCUGGUGAAAUCAAGAGGGAACAUGACCUUGGUCUGUUGCUCAGAGAUCCUGUUUGAAAGCUUCAUUCUUCACAGAGAGGGGGUAUCCAAGGACCCCUUGUACCAUGCUGGUCAGCACCAUCAUAGGGGCUCCCAUGCUAACUUUUCCAUGGGUCCUGUGACAGCUGCCCAUGCAGGGACCUACAGGUGCUUCGGUUCUCUCAGUCGCUCCUCCCAUGUGUGGUCUGCCCCCAGUGACCCCCUGGACAUCGUGAUCACAGGUCUACAUGAGAAACCUUCUCUCUGGGCCCAGCCAGGCACCAUGGUGAGGACAGGAGAGAACAUGACCUUGUCCUGCUGCUCAGAGAGGUCCUUUGAUGUGUACCAUCUAUCCAGAGAUGAGCAGCCCCAUGAGUGUUGGCUUGCUAAGGGGCAGAAGCACGGCAGUGCAACCCAGGCUGACUUCCCUCUGGGCCCUGCACACCCAGCCCUGGGUGGGACCUACAGAUGCCAUGGCUCCUUCAACCCCUCUCCUUGUGAGUGGUCAGGCCCAAGCGACCCACUCUACCUUUCUGUCACAGCUGCAGGGUCUUUGGCAAAGUCAUUUCUCUUGAAGACUCAUUUUCACUGUUUUUAAAAUCUGACUGUUGGUGGUGCCUUCCAAAAGAUGGGAGAAGUUCAAGACUUUGGGCAUUUGGUGUAUUGGAAGGC